UGGGGGGACGUUGAAGGCCCGGCAAGCUGGCCCUGCUGAGGGUCCCGGGGAAGAAGGCUGCGCGCGGCGAGCGGAGGGAAGGUGCGCGGGAGCCGGAGCGGGCGCUGGAGCCGUGGGCAGGAAAACACUCUUUUCAGAGCAUCUCCUGGUAUCACCAGAAAUGUCUUCCUUAAGUGGGAAAGUCCAAACGGUUUUGGGCCCCGUGGAGCCCAGCAAACUGGGCCGUACUCUGACCCACGAACAUCUGACAAUGACCUUUGACCACUGUUACUACCCACCUCCUCCAUGUCAUGAAGCUGCCUCUCAGGAACCUAUUAUGAUGAAAAACUUAUUCUGGAUUCAAAAAAACCCGUAUUCCCAUAAAGAGAAUCUUUGGCUGAAUCAGGAGACGGAAGCUGUAAGGGAAGAACUGUUGUAUUUUAAAGCCAACGGUGGAGGGGCUCUGGUGGAGAACACAACUGUUGGAAUUAGCCGAGACGUGAAGACUCUGAGGUGGCUGGCAGAGGAGACGGGCGUCCAUAUCAUAUCUGGAGCUGGGUUUUACGUGGAGGCAACUCACUCUCCGGAGACCAGAGCCAUGUCAGUGGAGCAGCUUACUGAUGUCCUCAUUCAUGAAAUUCUCCAUGGGGCCAAUGGAACGACUAUCAAGUGUGGCGUCAUCGGAGAAAUUGGUUGCUCCUGGCCUCUGGCUGAGAAUGAAAGGAAAGUUCUUCAAGCAACUGCUCAUGCUCAGGCUCAGCUAGGCUGUCCUGUUAUUAUUCAUCCGGGGAGGAAUCCAAGUGCACCAUUUCAGAUCAUCCGAGUGUUGCAAGAAGCAGGUGUAGACAUCUCCAAAACAGUUAUGUCUCACAUCGAUAGGACUAUACUUGAUAAAAAGGAACUACUAGAGUUUGCUCAACUUGGCUGUUACUUGGAAUAUGAUCUCUUUGGGACCGAACUCCUUCAUUACCAAUUCAACCCGGAUAUCGACAUGCCCGAUGAUAAUAAAAGAAUCAGAAGAGUGCGUCUUCUGGUGGAUGAGGGCUAUGAAGAUCGAAUUCUGAUGGCGCAUGACAUACAUACAAAGCAUCGACUAAUGAAAUAUGGAGGUCACGGCUAUUCUCAUAUACUUACCAACAUUGUUCCUAAAAUGUUGCUUAGAGGUAUCACUGAGAAUGCACUUGAUAAGAUACUAAUAGAGAACCCUAAGCGAUGGCUAACUUUCAAAUAGGAUGGUUGUUUAUGAAUUCACACCUUGAGCAUAAAGCUUGCAAAGAACAUUUUCCAGUGAUUUCAAACCCACUGUGAGAUAUUAAUCAGACCUCUCUGUAGGACUAAUGGCAGGUCAUUUCCGUUUUAUGAGAAUUAAAAGAGUUUUGCCUUCUCAGAAACCACUAUUACCUCUGUACCUUUAGGAAAUUACUGACCUAAUUGAGCCCUAUUGUUCUGCCUUCACAUAAUAAAUACAGAAAUAUCUAUUUCCAAACAGGGACUUACAGUCUGUAUCCCCUUAGGGGAGUUUUGUUUUGUUUUGUUUUCUUAAUCUAUCAGCUGCACUACUUGAGAAAAUUUAAAGUGUUUCUAGUUAAAUUACCCCCUUCUGGAGCAAUCUAAUGUUUCUUGUAAUAUUGAUGAUCCUACUAAUUAUCCUGCUGUUCUUUAAUUAAUGCUUAAUGAAUAAUACGGUACUUUAAAAUAGCUUCAGCAGCAAGGGAAGUUAAAUUUUGAGGCUUUUUUUUCCCAAAGGAUACUGUAAUACAAUUACCAAUUCACAAUGGUAAAAAGAUUGUGUAAGCUUAAUUAUAUGCUGUCUACUUUAUC